CCGGCGGCGUGCGCGUGCGCGGCGAGCCUCCUCCGUGACUGGCGGGGCUGAGGGCGACCUGCGAGCGGCGGCGACCCCCGGCCCUGCCCGCCAUGUCCAAGCGGCUGCGGAGCAGCGACGUCUGCGCGGAUUGCAGUGCUGCGGAGCCGAGCUGGGCCUCCGUGAACCGGGGCGUCCUCCUGUGCGAUGAGUGCUGCAGCGUCCACCGCAGCCUGGGCCGCCACAUCUCCCAGGUCCGGCACCUGAAGCACACGCCCUGGCCCGCCACGCUGCUGCAGAUGGUGGAGACCUUGUACAAUAAUGGCGCUAACUCCAUCUGGGAGCACUCGCUGCUGGACCCAGCAUCGGUCACGAGCGGCAGGCGCAAAGCAAGCCCUCAGGACAAAGUGCACCCCAACAAAGCGGAAUUCAUUAAGGCAAAAUAUCAGAUGCUGGCCUUCGUUCAUCGCUUGCCAUGCCGGGAUGACGACAGCGUGACCGCCAAGGACCUUAGCAAGCAACUGCACUCCAGCGUCAGGACGGGCAACCUGGAGACCUGUUUGAGGCUUCUCUCCCUGGGAGCACAGGCCAAUUUCUUCCACCCGGAGAAAGGGAACACCCCACUUCAUGUCGCUGCCAAGACCGGGCAGAUUUUACAAGCCGAGCUGCUGGCUGUGUACGGAGCUGAUCCUGGCACCCCAGACUCCUGUGGGAAGACGCCCGUGGACUAUGCAAGGCAAGGAGGCCAUCACGAGCUGGCAGAGCGCCUGGUGGAAAUACAGUACGAGCUCACUGAUCGGCUGGCCUUCUACCUCUGCGGCAGGAAACCGGAUCACAAAGGCAGGCAGCAUUUUAUUAUACCUCAGAUGGCAGACAGCAGCUUGGACAUUUCGGCGCUGGCCAAAGCAGCCAAGAGGAAGCUUCAGUUGCUGAGCAAUCACCUGUUUGAAGAGCUCGCCAUGGACGUCUACGACGAGGUGGACCGGCGGGAGACAGACGCAGUGUGGCUCGCGACACAGAAUCAUAGCACGCUGGUCACUGAGACGACCGUGGUCCCUUUCCUUCCUGUCAACCCAGAGUACUCUUCAACAAGAAACCAGGGAAGGCAGAAGCUGGCCCGCUUUAACGCCCACGAGUUUGCGACACUUGUCAUCGACAUCCUGGGGGAUGCCAAGCGAAGGCAGCAUGGGAAUCCUGUCCCGAGCGCCACAGAAAACGUGGAACUGAUCCUGAAGGCGGUCACCAGUCAGCACGGUCUGGGGAGUCACGAGGCUGACCAACCCGACUACGACAGCGUUGCCUCCGACGAAGACGGCGACCUGGAAGCAGGUUCGGGGAAGGCCCCUCGGCAGAAGAGCCUGGACUCUGACUUGUCUGACGGCCCCAUCACCGCCCAGGAGUACCUGCAGGUGAAAAACGCCCUGCUGGCUUCGGAGGCAAAAAUCCAGCAGCUUUUGAAGGUGAACGUCAACUUGAGCGAUGAGCUGAGGACCAUGCAGAAGAAGCUUCAGACCCUGCAGAGCGAAAACACGAGCCUUCGGCGGCAGGCCACGACCAGCCCCCACCAAACUCUGGCUGGCUCUGAGUACGCAGAAGUGCCCUCCAUUCGGCGCCCAUCCUUGCGCAGCAGCCGGCCCAUGUCAAUGUACGAGACGGGGUCCGCUCAGAAGCCCUACCUGCCCCUAGCUGAGGCCUCUUACCCUGAGGAGCAGCACGUCAUGCCACGGCUCCAGCUGUUCCCUCCCCACGCAUCCCGGUUGGAAAAGCAGAGCAGCUUGCCCGAGGGGGAUUACGACAAUGCCGUCCCUGCUCUGGAGCUGGAUGAGACGGGGCUCAUCCGGAAGGCCAGGCAGCGGAGUGGUCCCGGGCCAGAGGGCAAGGAGCCCGAGGCCCACCCCGGCGCCACCUUCCCCAGCACGGAGGAUGUUAUUCGGAAGACAGAGCAGAUCACCAAGAACAUCCAGGAGCUGCUGCGGGCAGCUCAGGAGAGCAAGCAUGAGAGCUAUAUCCCCUGCUCGGAGAGGAUCCGCCUGGCCGUCACUGAGAUGGCAGCCCUCUUUCCGAAAAAGCCGCAAUCGGAGCUGGUGCGCACCCCACUGCGGCUGCUGACCUCCAGCGCCUUCCGCCUGCAUUCUGAGUGCACGAAGGCCCUCCCGCCCGAGUCCUGCUCCACGGCCGACGUCCAGCUGGUCACCCAGCAGGUCAUCCAGUGCGCCUACGACAUUGCCAAGGCUGCCAAGCAGCUGGUCACCAUCACAACCAAAGAGAACGCCAACUGAGUGGGCUCCAUCACAGGGUUCGCCGCAGUCUUGGAAACUGUGUCAAGGUUUUCAGGGGAUGGUCUUUUUUUACAGGAAUAUUUAAAGCGGUGCGUUACCAUUUUUUUAAAGGAACCUCAGUAUUAAAUUUUUUGCAUGUUUUUUUUCUAAGAAGACUUUUUCCCAGGAUCACUAUAA